AGCGCGCGUGUGAUGUGUUUGUGUUUCCUCCGUGUUUUUCUCUCUUGCGUGUUUCACUGAGUGUUCACGAAGUCCUGUAUCUGUGUAUUUUAGUGUUGAGACGAGGCAGGACACUACAGUGUGUGACAGUAAACAGAGCUUACAGGAGGAUCAAACCUCCACAGAGUCUCUGGAUUCUGUCUGUAACGCUGGAGAACAGCAACAGAUCCUGCAGACCAAACUGAAGAUGUGUUCAGUUAAACUCAUCGACUGCACGAACCUCAUGAUGAAGAUUAAAACUGAACCCACAGAAAUCAAAACUGAACCCACAGAAAUCAAAACUGAACCCACAGAAAUCAAAACUGAACCCACAGAAGAGGAAGAUCGCACUGAUGAAGAUGAUGAUUUUAUUCCAUCAGAUGUGAAGAGUGAUUCAUGUUUGGAUAUAGAAAUAACGUCAUCAACAUCAAAAGAGCGACUGACAGCACAAACUCUUUCCUGCAUCACCUGUGGAAAGACAUUCAGCUCACAGAGACUUUUAGAGAGACAUGAGAGAAAACACACAGAACAGAAACUCUUCACCAGAUCUGAGAUCAGCUUUACUACCUUACAAGAGAAGAAACUUCAUUCAGAAGACCACAGAGAGAAGAAGAAGAAGCAGUUUCACUGUGAGCAGUGUGAGAGGAUUUUUGUCUCUUCCCAUAAUCUAAAUGUUCACAUGAGGACACACCGUGAUGAAAAGCCUUUCAACUGCACUGAAUGUGGAAAUUACUUCAGAACCAAACACAAUCUUGAAGUUCAUCAGAGACUUCAUACUGGAGAGAAACCUUAUCACUGUAAUGUUUGUGGGAAGAGUUUUAAUCAACAUGAAAGUUUAGUGACACACCUGACAAUUCAUACAGGUGAGAAACCUUUCAAAUGCUCUCAGUGUGACAAGACAUUUACUUCUUCAACUAACUUAAAAGUCCAUCAGAGAGUUCAUACUGGAGAGAAACCUUAUCACUGUAGUGUCUGUGGGAAGAGUUUUAGUCAAUGGGCUGCAUUACGAAAUCACAAGAGAAUUCAUACAGGUGAAAAACCUUUCAAAUGCUCUCAUUGUGACAAGACGUUUGCUCAGUCAAGUUCCUUAAAAUACCAUCAGAGACUUCAUACAGGAGAGAAACCUUUCGUUUGCGCUCAAUGUGGAAAGAACUUCACUAUUUCAUCUCAAUUAAUAGUCCAUCAGAGAGUUCAUACUGGAGAGAAACCUCAUCACUGUAGUGUCUGUGGGAAGAGUUUUAGUCAAGGGGCUUCAUUACAAAAUCACAAGAGACUUCACACAGGUGAAAAACCUUUCAAAUGCUCUCAGUGUGACAAGACGUUUGCUCAGUCAGGUCACUUGAAAGCCCAUCAGAGAGUUCACACAGGAAAGAAACCUUAACACUGUAGCGGUACAUUCACACUGGGCGAAAUCGUUACCACUUGACGGGAGGCCUGUCUGUAGCGUGGCCAACGGCCAAUCACAGUGGCCGCAACACGUGCUCCGGUCUUCCAUAAACGUAAUUGGCUGGCUCUGCCUAGGUUAUUUGCAUAAGGCGAUCUGAUUGGCUGACGCAUGCGUUGCUGCUUGAAAUGUUGAGAAAUGUUCAACUUCUGCCGCGAGCAACAACACUGGAGCGGCGCCGACGGUUCCACAAGUCAGUUCGGCAACGCAUGACAUCACCCAUUAAUGAAUGGGAAGCAUUAACGCUUAAAACCACGCGAUAGUAAAGAGACAGCUCGCACAAUGGGUUCAAGUUGGAAUGUUGUCUUUCAUUCUGGACGGCAACGUCAGUUACUGUAACAUCGAGGGUGUUUUACAGUAUUAAACACACAUUUAGAACGAUUUCAUCAGGCUUCAGAAACAUUUUAAAAAGAACACAAAGAAUGGCCUCUCAGCUAUACCGUAGUUGCAACUCUUGCGUCAUCACAACAGGGUGUUCAAUGCAUCACCGUUUCAGUUUAAUAAACGUUGUGCAACGUUUUGUCGGGGCUGAACGCAGCCCAGAAGUCCUUGGGAAAGAGCAAUCAGACCCAUCGGACAACGGCAGGGAGGAGUUCAGACUGACGGGCAACUCCUCCUCCCAGACUCGGCGUGACGCUUGAUCAAGUCUGUCCCAAAAUACGACUCCGGUGCACCCACGUGGACUCGUAUCAAGGGUCCCUAAAGUCUGCACUCUAUGAUGUCAUCAAAGUGUGGACUCUGAGGAGGAGGACCACAAGUCCGGAGUGUGCAUUUGGGACAGGGCCUCUCUCGCUGAAGGGGAGUUGGCCCUUCUUGUUCGCUACAAAGAAUCGGCUUUUAGAGCCGGUUCGUUUGCGAACAACCCAUCACUAGACGUAACGUCAAUGCCUUAAAUUUGAAUUUUCAACCGGUGCCAAGCUUAUGUCAAACUCUAUACAUCUUAAUGGUACAACCUAGAAAUUGAAGGUAAAUUCCAGACAGUCAUGUUAUGCCUACUCUCAAUCACAGUCAAGUUUAAUACACAAAAUAAACGAUAAGGCAAAAUAUCAUCCAAUACUGUUUACUAGUGUUUCCUGGGAUGAUAAACUCCCAUGUUCAUCAUCACAGUAUUUUAAUGACAAUCACAGUUGAAUUUAAUGUGGUAGUGAAAAGGAAAGUAAUUGUACUUGUAUCUAUAAACGGGUUUCCUGUUUACAAACAUUACAGGGUGCGCGUGCAUCCUGGAGGCAGAAAGCUAGCCCAAUUGGUGAGCUGGUCCGCUACCACAACAACCUUAAGCUUUGAAGCUUUCUUUAUUGUUUGUAUAUAACUGCUGACUAAAUAAAACUUCCUGCGAGUUCCUGUCUCAUCUUAAUAUGAAAGAAAAUAGCCAGGUAUCUGUGGCCCUAGUACCUUUUGUUUCAUUGUUUUGAGUUGAUGGCAUAUUGUUUAUGCUUGGGCCAAGGGUCUGAGUCAAAUGUGAAUGGUAAGCCUAAAAUGUGAACCCAUUUCUAUGAUAAUGAAAUGGUCCAAGUGAGACAGUGGGUAAAAUGGUAAUGUUGAUGGGAUUAAGGGUUGGUGAAACUGAAGGAUUGGGAGUGGCAGGGUUACUUCCUUUCAAUGUCUCAAUGUUCAAUCGCUUAAGAGCGAUUCGGGACUGAUCUGAGAGCAACUCUGAGUAAGGAAAAGACAAAAACUUUAAUCUUAGUGAGGAGGCAGGGUUGACCCUGUUGCUACGUGUGACACAAUCUUUUGAAGACUGUGAUUGGUUGGUUGUCCAAGA